AACCCAGCUGGAAGCUUCUCCAGCGCCUCUGACUGGAUCGAUAGACGGACGAGAGCGGACAGUUGACGGAAUCCGUCAGGAAGGCGCGUCAGUCCACGAGCGGUGAUCUUUAAAGCCGUCAAGUGUUUCAAUCCGCAGAUGGACGGAGGAAGGACGGUCAGAUCUGGCGGGCAGUUGAGCUGCAGGGACUCGAGCCGCGGGCAGGAAGAAGAGAGGGCCGCAAGCCCAGCAGCAGUGAAGGCGGCGCGAUGAUCGGGACGAGAUGACGUGGAGGCGACACGUCCGUUGGGAAGAAUACGCGGCUCGGCCAUGCUGCCGAGGUGUAAGUGCGUGAGAGAUGGACACGUGGCUGCCAUUUGACGCAGGAGAUGAUCGUUGGCCAAUGAGAGGCUGCCAUCUGCCAAGGUGAGCGACGUCAGCGAUGGGAAAGACGCCAACCCCUUCAGAAAACGCCGGGUGCACAGGCGUCGCUGAGGCGACAAUGCGACGUGCGAGCGCGUCGCACAUGCGACACGGUACCAUCGGCGACUGACGAGGGUGUAGUUACCGUCGCAGCAAGGAUCGGAUCCAGGGCUCUCUGGGAAUUGCAAGUGGUUAGAUGCUCCUGCUGGCGGUAUAUGCUCGCGAAUCGAUUGCUGCUGCUCGCGGCGCGCCGACGACUCGCCGAUUCGCGCUGAAAGUUCGCCGAUUUGAACCGACGAUUCGCCGAUUCGCAAUGGCGAUUCGCCGCCCACUGAACCCGGUGCCAGGUAGCCGAAGAUGCGACCCAGUGAGUCGUCCGAGAGGCGGUCGACGGGGGAGGAGUCCAAGUCGAUUGAAGUCGACAUCGGAGCUCGCGUCAACUGCCAGAAUGAGAAGUCGAUGCCUGUCUACUGCAGCUGUAUAGCUGUUGAUGCUGUACUCCGGCAGAGGCUGAAUGGGCUGAGAGCGACAGGGAUAAGGGAGGCGUGUACUGGGGGCGUGUCCAGCGCGUACGUUUUUUUUGUGUAAAACCCUACCUAACCGUUUUAUAUUUGUUAUCGAUCCUUCUGACCCAUGUCAUCAUCAUACUCGCAUCCUGCAAUCGCGGUACCAGUGCUUUUUCGUUCAGUAUGAAUUCGGGCCUUCCGCGCACCUGGUCGUAGCAGCAGCACGACUCAUAAACGCUGCUCGUUGUUUCUGGUUGUUCAUUCCCAGCUUUACAGGCCGCGCCGACUUCCAGGUCGUAAAAGACGGUUGGGAGGAUUUAAACGUGGAUCCAGACAUUUUAUGGGCUCGCUUUGAAGUACAGCCUACGAAGGUUGACGUAAGGCAAAGUCGAGCAGCUUCGCUUCCAGUCAAUCCGUUCCGCGCCAGUUAGCUCGAUUCAGUUAGUUCGAUUCAGUCAGUUCGACUCAGCUAGUUACACUAUACCUGGUGUUUCAGACAGGAACCAUGGCGACGAACGGCGGGAGAGGGCCGAGUUUCCCCGCUGCCAAAGCGACCGUGUUGGAAGCGACCGGGUGCUACAAGUGCGGCCGGCCCGGCCACUGGUCCAAGGACUGCAAUUUCGUCGGCACCGACGGCCGCACCGCCGAGAAUCGGAAUACCGAGACGCGCAACACUGGCGAGGGGCACUUUAUGCCCAAUAGCGGGAACAACCAUAACGCGUCCCCGGCUCAGCGGCCUUUCGGCUCAAAUCUCCCUCAGGGCAAGCGGCCCUAUACCAGCUUCCCCCAAGGUCCAGGUGAUGGCAAGCAGCGCGAGGGGCUGAAUGGCGCUGACGAAAUCGAUCGGCUCAACGCGCCAGCGGCGGCGGCGGCGGCGGCGGGGGCGGUGGGGUCGAAGGUGACGCGGAAGCGGCCGAAGCUGACUCCGACGAUGCUGCUAUCGGACGAGGGCCUGCCGUACGUGCUGAAGGAGCUGCCGAAACAGAUCAAGCUGAAGGGGAGGGGGCACGAGGUGGGCGACCUGAGGAGGAUCUUGGAGGGCUACGUGGCAUGGCACAAACGGUUCUUCCCCGCGCUCUCCUUCGCGGAGUUUAUCGAGAAGGUGGAGAAGCUGGGCAACACGCGUGCUGUUAGGGGCGGCGUUCGCGACCUGAUCGACGACUUCGAGCACGGGAGAGGCAUUGGCAGCGAUCGCUUUAGAGACACGCCUGGCGGGGGAGAGGAUGGGGAAGGUGGUGGUAAUGCUGCUGCGGAAGGGGGGGCUGAUGGUGACUUUCCUGGCCUGGGCGCCGGCUGGGAUGAUGAUGAUGAUGACUGGGGCCUUGGGAAUGACGGGGUUGGCGCUGCUGGUGCUGGUGGUGCUGCUGCUGCUGGUGCUGCUGGUGCUGCUGCUGGUGGCGCUGGUGCUGCUGCUGCUGCUGCUGCUGCUGCUGCUGCUGGUGGCGCUGGUGCUGCUGCUUGUGCCGCUGGUGCUGCUGGUGCUGCUGGUGCUGCUGGUGCUGCUGCUUGUGGCGCCACUGCCGCUGCUGCAGGGGGGGAACCUGAUGAUGACGACUUUCCUGGCCUUGGCGCCGGCUGGGAUGAUGAUGAUGAUGACUGGGGCAUUGGGAAAGGGAUUGGUGCUGGUCGUGCUGCUGCUCCUGCUGCUGGUGCUGGUAAUGCUGGUGCUGGUGCUGGUGCUGGUGCUGGUGCUGGUGCUGGUGCUGGUGCUGGUGCUGGUGCUGGUGCUGGUGCGGGUGCUGGUGCGGGUGCUGGUGCUGCUUGUAGUGGUGGUGGGAGUGGUACUAAGAGGGGGGAUAGGGGUGAUGAUGGUGAUGAGAGUGGGGUUGGCACUCGUGGCCAUACCAACCACAACGGGAGGGCUGACGUGGAAAGUGCUUACGUCGAAGGAGCUGACGUGGAGUUUGGCCCAGAGAAGUCGCCGCCAGAGGGCAGGAGGCGGCAGCAGCAGCAGCAGCCGCAGCAGCCAGGGGAGGAAAACGGCAAGGGUGGGGGGGAAGGUGGGCUGUGGGGAACAUGUUGGGGGAAGCUGGGGAAGAAUUCAGGCGAAGGGGGAGUUGGGAAAAGGGUAGGGAGUGGGGAUGCGGUGAGCGGUGGUGUAGAGAACAUGGGUGGUGGUGCAAAGACGAGUACGCCUGUUGCUGCACUGAACGAUUCGGCUGUCCCUCACAAUAAAUGCCCAGGAGAAGCAGCAGCAGCAGCAGCAGCAGCAGCAGCAGCGGCGGCGGCGGCGGCAGCAGCAGCAGCGGAUGGAAGAGCGGAGAAGGGAGCAGCAACAGGAUCAGAAGCAUGUGCAACAUCUGUCACCCCAGCUGUCACUUCAGCCGCCACCCCAGCCGCCACUCAGCCCCUCGGUGCUGCUGCAGCUGAAGACUCUGAUCUUCCCGCCGCACAUAGUGAGGAUGCUCUUAUGGAGGAUGAUAUGGGUGCUGGCGCCGCUGCAGAGGUCGUUAUGGCUGCUGCUGCCAGUGUUGCUGCCGCCGUGAAACAACACAAGCCCAAGAGGCGGCGGGUGAUUCUAGAUGACGAGGAUGAUGAGGAUGAUGAUGAUGAUAAUAAUACUAAUAAUAAUAAUAGUAAUAAUGCGGAUGCUGGUGGUAGUGGAGGCAAUGAGGAUGGCCGACGGACAGAGGAGAUUGGGUUGCGGUCUGCUGAAGACGUUGCAGCACAGGAGAAGGAACUGGUAAUGGAAGCAGAGGAAACCGAUUCUCCUGCUGCCAUGUCAGCUAAAAGGGUCUCUGCUGCUGCCGUGGCACCCGAACCUGCUGCUAUGGCACCUGAGCCUGCUGCUGUGGCACCUGAGCCUGCUGCUGUGGUACCUGAACCUGCAGAUAUGGCACCUGAACCUGCUUCUGUGGCAUCUGAACCUGCUGUUAUGGCACCUGAGCCUGCUGCUGUGGCACCUGAACCUGCUGCUGUGGUACCUGAACCUGCAGAUAUGGCACCUGAACCUGCUUCUGUGGCAUCUGAACCUGGUGUCAUGGCACCUGAGCCUGCUGCUGUGGCACCUGAACCUGCCGCUAUUGCACCUGAACCUGCGGACAUGGCACCUGAACCUGCUGAUGAGGCACCUGAACCUGCUGCUAUGGCACCUGAAACUGCUUCUGUGGUACCUGAACCUGCUGUCAUGGCACCUGAACCUACCACUGAGGCACCUGAACCUGCUGUGGUGGCACCUGAGCCUGCUGCUGUGGCACCUGAAACUGCUUCUGUGGCACCUGAGCCUGCUGCUGAGGCGCCUGAACCUGCUGCUGAGGCACCUGAACCUGCUGCGGAGGCACCUGAACCUGCUGCUGAGGCACCUGAACCUGCUCCUGGGGCACCUGAACCUGCAGCUGUGGGACCUGAACCGGCUGUUUUUCCUGCUCCAGAGGGAGAUGGCGAAACAGUGGCUGGUGAUUCUGAUGCCAGGGGAUGUGCUUCUAAUGCUGCUGAGAGUGCCACUACUGCCGCCAACCCUGGUACUGCCAGUGGUGCUGGCAACGAUUCUGAACCCAGAGUUGUUGCUGCAACUGCUAGUGCUGCCACGGCAGGUGCUAUCAUUGGUGGUGUUAUCACUACUGGUGCUGCCACUGCAGUUGAUGGCGAUGGAAAUGCUGGUCAUGGAACUUUUCCUGCUAGUGCUGGUAAGUAUGUGAGUGAGGAGGAGCUUGCUGACUUCCUUCAGUUCCUGGAUGACGUUUGACUGAAUUGAAUGAAGCCUGACAAAAAUUGUCUUGCGGAUAUUGUUUCACUUCAGCACUAUGGAUGUAAGCUGACUUUACAAAGUGAUGUAUUUUGUAAGGAAUUUUCCAUUCCUUACCGAGCGGUACUGCUAUCGUGUACGCUCGAACACACCCGAAGCCUCGGGACAGUUGCGGACCUUUCUGACACAACCGCCUCGGCUUCUCCAGACCCUCUAGUUCAACCUUCGGGAGUUCUCCGGGCCUCACUUCGUCACUUCGAGACCUUUCGAUCUCUUUCCUGAACCUUCCCAUCUCAUGGUUAGACUAGCUAUGGUGUCCCUAUAUCUU